UAUUACCAGUGAUAUUCAUCCAUACUUAAAUUCAAUUAAGUGGCUAGUUAUGCCUAAUUUAGGGUGAGCAUGCAUUCAUGUACCAUAAAUAUACAUAUGUACAUAUGUCGCAACAGAAUAGAUGAGAUGAAUCGUACUUACUAACAGAAAUAUGCGUAAGGGUGUGCCAAACCUUUACAAUCAUAUAUUUCUUGCGCUUUUCGUCUCGAACUGAUCAUAAUUAAUUGUAUUUAAAAUAUGAAGUUUAUUCAGCCAUCUGCGGUUUUACUAGUUACAAUUAUAAUUCUGCCCUUAUUCUACAACUCCGCUGAAGCACUUCAAUGUUACAAGUCAGCCUGCUGGGGAGAUGAAUGUUUCGGAUUUGAGGAUAGACGUGAUCAUCUUGUGGAUCAAUGCCCAAGCGAUGCUCAAGGAUGCCUUUUUAGUUUCGGAACCGUGAGCCCGGACACGGCAUUGCUCAUCAAGGGUCACGUGGACGGCUGGGGGAAGCCGCUUCGUCGUGAGACUCGGUCCUGUUGGGUACCCUCAGCAACAAAGGGUGGGGUUGUGCCUCGGGGGGAACUGGACAAGUGCACUCCCACCACAAUGCAACACUGGUUUCCAAAAGAGGGACAAAUGGUUUAUGUCAAUUCACUCGAGUGCAUCUGCUCCAGCAGCAACUUGUGUAAUGGAAAAAUUAUGUCCAGGAACAACUCGUCCAGGAUAAAGCUAUUCAAUUACAUCCUGAUAAUUACCACUACGGCAUCACUCUAUUUUCCUCCUAGAUUAGUUCAGUAGUAUAUGAAAUGAUAAGAUCGUUUGAUAUAGUGCAAUUAUAAAAUAGCACACGUGUGCUGUCAUGUAUGUAUUUCACAGGAAAUAAACUGCUGUAUUUUAUAUCCAUUAUA